GCCGCCGGUGGCUGCUGGAGAAAGGCGAGGAGCGCAGGUGGGCGGCAGCGGCGGGAGGAGCAGCCCUUGAGCGGAGCGCGGCGGGGGCUGCGCGCGCAGGCCCAGGCAUGGCCACCAUGCUGUACCCCCGCGAGGAGAAGCUGGAGAAGAUGAGCCAGGACGAGAUCGUGCUGGGCACCAAGGCAGUGGUGCAGGGCCUGGAGACCUUGCGUACCGAGCACCACUCCUUGCUGGCCGCCCUGCUCGACACCAUGAGCCACCUGGAGCAGCAGCACGACGCCAGCACCACCCAGGAGAAGGCCAGCCUCUUGCGCAAGUCCCUGGACGCCAUCGAGUUGGGGCUUGGAGAGGCCCAGGUGAUCAUCGCCCUCUCGAGCCACCUGAGCGCCGUGGAGUCGGAGAAGCAGAAGCUGCGGGCCCAGGUGCGGCGCCUGGUGCAGGAGAACCAGUGGCUGCGGGACGAGCUGGCCGGCACCCAGCAGAAGCUGCAGCGCAGCGAGCAGGCUGUGGCCCAGCUGGAGGAGGAGAAGAAGCACCUGGAGUUCAUGAACCAGAUCAAGAAGUUCGAUGAGGAUGUCUCCCCCUCAGAGGAAAAGAAUGGGGAGACGGCGAAGGACUCACUGGACGAUCUGUUCCCGAAUGAUGAUGACCAGGGACAAGGGCAGAACCAUGGCAGCGGGGAUGCAGCAGCCCAGCACGGCGGUUACGAGAUCCCCGCGCGCCUGCGGACGCUGCACAACCUGGUGAUCCAGUAUGCCUCCCAAGGGCGCUACGAAGUGGCCGUACCCCUCUGCAAGCAGGCCUUGGAGGACCUUGAGAAAACCUCCGGCCAUGACCACCCCGAUGUGGCUACCAUGCUGAACAUCCUUGCCUUGGUGUACAG